AGUAAAAGGAAAUAUUUUGACGAGUUAAGUGAACGGCAACUUGUAAAUUUCAACCAUGAAGUGUUCGGUUUUUAUUUUGUGUUGUGCCGUUUUAAUAUUGAAUGACGCUGGUCCGGUCAAUGCUGGAGUAAACGGUUUCUUCAAUGAUCUCCGACGAGGAAUUAGCCAAGUUGAAGAAGAUUUAUCGGAUAGAUUGAUUUUCCGAGACGAUGAUAACGACCAAUAUAACUACAAUAAUGCCGUGAAUCGACCGGUUUAUCCAACUGAAAGUGUAUCGUCUGGUUCAGUGCAACGUGGCGUAGUGGAAUUUGUUACCCAGCCCACUAUCGUGCCUACUCCAACAUCAGCAGGCAAAACAACAACAGAAAAGGAAGGCAGAGAAAAUUUUGUAGGAGGCUGUGCUACAGGCUUUAAGAGAACUGCUGAUGGCAGAUGUAAACCUACCUUUUGAGACCCAAGCAGUUAAAUUUUUUGUCUUAUAAUUUCGUUUUAUUUCGUUCCGGUGUUGUCUUAUGUAAAAUUUCGAUUUAAUGAUUAAAACAAAAUUAAAUGUAUUUCAAUAAA